GCAAAUGUAAACAUUGAAAUAAUCUAAAUCACAAAGCAUUGAAAAAUUGCGUUUUCGCAAAUAAACAAGAAUAUUUGACGGAGAUUAAUUGAAAUAAAGAUCCCACAAAAUGGAACGUAAUAAUGGACGCUACCCAUAUAUACGCCGCCAAGGCAGUGGGCACAACAAUUAUCACCAUCACCACAACAACAAUGCAAAUUCCACAUCAUCGACAGCAGGAUCAACAAAUGCAACACAAUAUUCCAAUCAUAGCAUUAACAACUCUCCAUCCGUGGGCAUGAGUACGGGGGCACACAACAGUAAUGCAAUAUAUGCAGCGGCGGUACCGCCAUCACAAAAUGUGCCCAUUUCCCAGCAUGACGAAUUGAUUCGGUACAUAAGGGAGGCUUGGAACAAGGUCUAUGAGCAGGGCACACCUGUUUACCGCAACGAAUCUGAUAAUCAAUUGAAAAAUUUCAAGCCAUUUAAUUUGGAGGAGUAUUGGGGACAGCGUCUGGUCCAGAAUAUACACGUGACGACGACAAAUGCCAGCGGACAUCAGUAGACCGAGAAUCGAAAAAAGGACGGUGGCUUGUGUUACAUGGUAGUAAUAAAAGAAAUUAAAACCUGUGUGCCUAUUCCGUUUUUUGACUUAUUCCAAUGUUAUUGAAAUUCAAAUCUACCACAUUGUUUAAAACCUGCUUUGGACCAUUUGUGUGUAUACAGAUUUAUUAAAAAACACUGCCAGCUGAAAGGCAAAUUAUGUAUUGAAUAAAACAAUAGUUGGUAUAAAGAU